AUGGGUAAGAUUAAGGGAAAAGUGGAUUCAUUAAGUGGUGAGGCGAUGGCAUGGAAGCAAGCAGUCAGCAUUGAAUUGGACGACGUAUUUAGUGGAGAUUUGGGACGAGAUAACGGGUGGGAUAGGGUGAGAUUUGGGUUGUUUGAGGGAUUUAUUGUGUUCGGAUGGGAUUUUGAGUGUGAAAUUUUGAUAAUUUUUAGGGUUUUAAGGGGUUAUUUGAGGGGAAUAAGGUCAUAG